AUGGCCAGCGAAGCCGCCAACACCGGCGAUAAUGUCGAAAUACCCAAGGAAUGCAAAGCCGGUGUCGUCGUGAACGAGGGCCCGGACUUCCGCGUGGAGAUCCAGAACGUGCCUGUGCCUGAGCCUGGCCCCGAUGAACUGCUCCUCAAGCUCAAUGCCACCGGCCUCUGCAUGUCCGACAUCCACUUCAUGGUCAACGACUGGGCCGUCCCUCCGAUGUCAACCUUCGGCAUCAAGUGUGCGGGCCACGAGGGCGCCGGCGUAGUCGUUAAGGUUGGCGAGAACGUCAAGGGCUGGAAGGUCGGUGACAGGGGCGGUGUCAAGCCGCUGUGGGACGUGUGCGGGAACUGCGAGCUGUGCUGGGACGGGCGAGAGAAUUAUUGCCCGAAGGGGGUGUAUACGGGAUUGGCUGCUACUGGAACGUACCAGCAGUACAUCACUUCGCCGGCGAAAUACACCAGCCCGAUCCCGGAGGGCGUGUCGGAUUACGUCGCCGCUCCGAUCAUGUGCAGCGCCUCGACUAUGCAUCGCUCGUUGGUCGACUCCGGGCUGAAGACCGGCCAAUGGGUCGUCUUCCCAGGCGGAGGCGGCGGUGUCGGUAUUCAGGGCGUCCAGCUCGCCAAGGCUAUGGGCAUGAGGCCCAUCGUGAUCGACACGGGAGAUGCUAAGAAGAAGCUAGCUCUUGACAUGGGCGCCGAAGAGUUUGUUGAUUUCAAGCAAGUGGAGAACGUAGCGGAGGAGAUCAAAAAGAUUGCUGGUGGCGUCGGCGCCCAUGGUGUCAUUGUUACCGCACCGCAGGCUUACAAGGACGCCAUAAGCUAUAUUGGUGAUCGGGUCAGCGGCAAGGUGAUGUGUGUUGGGUUGCCACCCGCCGGCACGACAACCAUUGGAGCAGAUCCAUCGCAGUUCGCCUUCAAGAACCUGCACGUGAUCGGGACGCUGGUAGGAACCAUGAAAGACACGGCAAUGGCACUCGAGUACGCACAACGUGGGCUGUUGAAGCAGAUUGCCGAAGUAAGGGGCAUGAGCCAGAUGCCCGAGUCAGUGCAGCAGCUGCGGAGAGGAGAAGUUGCCGGCCGGAUCGUUAUCGACUUCAACAAGGACUAG